AUGUCCAACACCGCUGCGGCAAGCGCUGCAGCAAGUGCUGCCACGAGCACCAGCAACGCACCAGCUGCGACGGCGGCGGCGGCGCCUAAAGCUGACGAGUCUGCUCCUUCAAUCACCGUGAGCACGAAAGCGCCGUCCAACUUCCCCCCGCCAAAGACGGACAAACCCCGUCCGCACGUUUGCGCAACUUGCCAGCGCUCCUUUGCUCGUCUUGAGCACCUGAAAAGGCACGAGCGCUCCCACACCAAGGAGAAGCCCUUCGAAUGCCCCGAAUGUGCACGAUGCUUUGCCCGUCGCGAUCUGCUGCUUCGCCACCAGCAAAAGCUUCACCAAACCUCCACACCGUCUUCUCGCCCUCGCAAUCGACGCGAGUCCGCCAGCGGUGUUACGCCUGCCCAAAGCAGACGUAAAAACAGCGUGGCCGGCGUGACUGCUGCUGGCGUCGGUUCCGCAAACGCCUCCAUGAGACCUAGGGCCAACACCAUCAGUCACGUUGACGGCGCUGCUAUGCAGCUGCUUGCCGCCUCGGCCAAUGCUUCGACGGCGCGGAGCAUGGCUCACAGUCGUCAUCCGAGCUUGGCCGGCCUCCCGGCUCACAGCCUGGAUCAUGUCUUUGGCGGAAUGUCUGCCGUGCUGGGCCAGAGAGGUUUGCACCACGGUCUGCCAAAGCUGGAAACUUGCCCGAUUGACGGCCACGAUUUCGAUGCCGGCGGUGGUUUGAGGACCGCGCCACCAAUGGCCGUCUUUGGCCUGGAAUACGAUUUCGAGCGUCUCCUCUUUGGCCAAGGCUCGACAAUCAACCCCAACGCCCUCCACUACAACGAUUCUCCGCAGUCAAUGGCGCUGGAUCAAACGUCUCCUUUCGGGCAGAGUUUGAACGACGUUGCCGCCACUCAGCAUUUUGAUGAUGGCCUGGACUGGGUGACGGGAUUCGAGAACCACAUGUCCUUUGGCGCCAACGAAACCGUGAUUGACGGGUCGAGCCCGUCGGCCAUAAGCACGACGAGCCAGAGUGGGAUUAGCGAUGUGAUGGUGGAUGGAUCAAACCACCCUGCUCCAGCAGGGACGAGCACCAUGUGGCAAUCUUCUGUCAUGGGACCUCCGCAGAUGCCCAACCCGUUUGCGAUGGAUUUGAAUGGUUCAGUCUUUCCAGAUCUCCUUAGCGGAGCUCCUUUAUCACCUCAGCCAGCCACUCAAAAGAUCAAUGACCCGUACUUUUCCGCGCCUCCAACCCCACUGAGCCCGUUGAGCAAGUCCGUUGUAUCUGGAUUGAAUCCUCAAAGCUUGAAAAACCCAUCGGCAGCGGCGGCGGCGGCGGCGGCGGCGGCGGCGACGCUCUGCUUCUAUGCCGACCCGGACACCCCGUCAGCCCUGAACGGGGGAAAUCACCACAUUACUUCACCAGUGACAACCAUAAAAGAUGAGACCCGGACCACCAUCGUGACCAUACUUUCCCUCUGUCUGCCCUUUGGCAGCCGCUCAUCGCAGGCGUCUCCUGUCCAGUCGGGCGGCGACGCUUGCUCAAACCCAGCCCCCGCCGUCCCCAGUACCCAGGAUCUCCAGAGAUAUGUCGCGGCCUAUUUGACAUGCUUUCAUCCUCACCUCCCAUUUCUGCAUCUACCUACUCUCUCAUUCGAUGUGUCCCCAGAAACAACAGGCAGCCUGAAAGGUGCAGACGGUAACGGGUGCCUACUCCUUUCCAUGGCCGCUUUUGGCGCCGCAUAUGAAAUGGAACAUGCUCAGUCCAGGGAGUUGUUCGAAAUGGCCAAGAAGAUUGUCUUUUUUUACCUGGAAGAGAGGCGGAAAUCCGAUGUUGGCAAGAUUGACUUGCGAUGCAGCACUAUUCCGUCGGACUCGGCAUCAGGGCAGCAGCAGAACCUCACUCGACCCAGCACGCCACUAUGGCUCGUGCAAGCCAUGCUUCUCAACGUCAUCUACGGCCACACCUGUUCCGACAAGGUGACGAGUGAUAUCGCGUCGACCCACUGCACGGCUCUCGUUAGUCUCGCAGAAUCAGCAGGUUUGCUCCGCCGGGGCCAGGAAGAUGCUUCCGGUGCUGAUGCCGCCGACGUUGAAAUGUCCAGCGACUCGGGCCGGGCAGCGUGCCCAGCUGAUGAGCAAGAGCAAAAGGAGUGGCUCAUGUGGAAGUCGGCCGAAGAGCGAAAACGCACCGUCUACGCCAUCUUCGUCUUGUCCAGCUUGGCCGUCGCCAGCUUCAACCACAGCCCGGCGCUGACCAAUUCGGAGAUUUGCUCGGACCUGCCGUGCGACGAAGAGUUUUUUGCUGCAGAAACCAGCGCCGCGUUUGCCGCCAAGGGAGGGGUCGAGGCAGCUCAUCAUAAUUGCUCGAGUUUCUCGGACUCGCUGGACGAGUUGCUGUGCGCAAACGAGCGGCGAAAGAAGCAUCGUCAUCAUCGUCAUGUUCAACAACAGCAGCAGCAGCAAAAAUUCGCCUCGCAUGCUGCAAAGGCUUCAGAAUCGCCCGUGACAGACCUCAAACCAAGCGCGUUUGGUUGUCUAGUGCUGAUCUACGCCCUGCACAACUACAUUUGGGAGACACGACAACGGCACCAAAACAGGACCUGGACGCGCACGGAAGCCGAGGAGCUGCUCACGCGAGUGGAACCGGCGUUGAAAGCCUGGCAAGUGGCCUGGUCCAGCAAUCCGCAGCACAGUGUCGAACGACCAAACCCGUUUGGUAUGGGACCGCUACCGGCGGACGCCCUCCCCCUGCUGGACCUUGCCUUUGUGAAGCUGUUUGUGGACCUCGGGCCGGCAAAGGAGAAGCUGUGGCAGCGCGACUGGGACGGCUUGAUUGAGGAGCUGUCGCGCGCCGGCCAAGGGCAAGACGAGGUGGACGGGUGGUCAGAAGGCGAGACGGGACCGGAUCCCUUGUCGCACUCGGCCCUACACCUGGGUUUCAUGGAUUCGCCGGCGGCAGCGCAGGAUUACCUUGGCGGCGGCGGCAUGUCGGUCGACAAGGCUUUCGGGUCGUUGCACGAGGCCAACGGGACGGGACGAGCCGUCCCCUCGGGGGAGAGGUGUCUCCGCAUGGCCUCGUUGUACGCGGUGGACUCUCUCUCGAUGAGCGACAGACUGGGAGUCACAUUUGCCGACAGAAGCAGCCGCGAGCUGCCGAUGCAAACAGCUCUCUGCACAGCCGAGUGCGCCCAGGUGCUCGCCGGAUGGAUCGCGGCCCUGCAAGAACGGGUGGGCCCGUACCUGGGCGUCAUCGGACAAGACGCGAUCGACUUUGGCCAGGUGCCCGCCCUCGUUCUGCUCGACGAAGAGGACGUCAAGCUGCUGGGCAAGAUUAAGGAGAUGCUAUCCAUGGCGGAGCUGAAGAUGAACAUGCGGCUGGCUUUCGGGGGCGGCGGCGGCUGCGUGGAGGGACGCGAGUCUGUGCUGUGCCCGGACGGGUUCGAGGGCUACGCGGCCAAGAUUCUGCGUCUUGCGGCGUGGAUGCUCGACCAGUCGGCGGUGUGGCCGGUGGCCCACGUGGCGGCCCGCGGGCUGGAAAUGUAUGCCAGCCACGUCCGCGCCCGGGCGGAGGAGUCUGUCCUGGGCGUCGCCAUGACGAUGUGA